AUGGACAGCCUCAGUCAGCAGGAUUUUCCUCUGAAAGAUGCGCUUCAGGAGCUUCUACAGCAGGGGGAGGCGCGCGCACAACAGAUCAGUGACGCGCAGCGCGCUCUACACACACUGCAGGACUCUCUGGAGGUGAUGGAGCGGAGCCGCGAGUCCGUCUGUUCUCAGGUCCGUCUGAAGCAGAAGAUGCUGACGGCGCUGCACUGCGAUACGGAGACGCUUCAGUGCAGCAUCAUCCAGCUGCAGGCGCAGACUCAGAGCGCAGCCGUGCAGAACCUGCAGCUCAGAGCCAAAAUGGAGGAUCAGCAGGAGCAGCGGCGCUCACAGCUGCAGGAGUUCAGCUCGUACCGCAGUCGCCUGCAGGCCUUCAGGUGCGCCGUGAGCCCGCAGCAGAGCCCGGCACACAUCUGCGAGGAGCUGCAGAUGAAGAUGCUGGAGGUUCGCAGACUCGCACACACUCUGGAGGAGAUGAAGAUGCAGCAUGCAGACAGCCGAUCCGGCCAGCGCACACAGGAGGACAUCGAGUUUCUGAAGACGAGUAUUAAUGAGGCCAGACAGACGAUGAAGGACAGCAGAGCUCAUCUGGAGAAUGAGAAACACACACACACGCAGCUGAGGAGAGAGAUCGAGAUCCAGAGGCGCCGGUGUGAAGCCAUCCAGAAGCGCCUGCGCUGUCAGCUAAAGAAGACUCAGUCCAGCCAGCGGCGUCUGCGCAGUGACGUCACACACAUGCAGAAGCAGCUGGAGGAUCUGCAGCGUCUGGAGGAGCGAUAAACACACUACAGCCUCACCUUACCUCUGAUCUAAUGCACUGUUCUCAGGUAAAACAUCUGCACACGACAGCCUUACCUCUGCGCUGACUCAGAUCCAGCAUUCAGAC